AUUUAACAGGGUCUACGUAUGGGACAGGUAAAUUCCAGGUAACCCUGCGAAACGAAACGCGCCGAUUUCGCCGACAGCCAUCAACACCAGCAUACAGUAUCCUUUCAAUUGCUGCCUACUAUCUCUCACGCUUCGCUAUCUAGUUGAUUCCCAUUGGUGUCAUCCUCAGUCAGAGCUCGAAGCAGGGAUCCCUCUAUUGCUGACUUUGCGCAACCCAACGGCGCAAUUGACGCGACCUCCAUCAGGUUCCAAUCAUGGUCGACUAUGCGAAGAAGACAGUGGCAGAGCUGCAAGAAAUACUGAAAUCGCGGAGCCUGUCGCAUACUGGAAAGAAGGCCGAACUCAUCGCAAGACUCACUGAAGCCGAUGAAGAAGCUGCUCAGAACGAAGCGACUAAAGCCCCUCCUGCCGAAGCAACCAGUGCGCCACCUGCGCAAAUACCAGAACCUGCAGAAGAAGCGGCCCUAGAGCCAACAGCGGCAUCCCAAGAUGCUCCGGUAGCUGAACACAUUGAAACGACUGGAACUGCUGCCGCUGCGGACACCGAGCCAGCACCUGCAGCUUCAGAGUCGUUUGCGCUUCAUCUACCCACCUCAGAGGUCGACGCGGAGCUAGCCAAGCGCAAAGCCCGCGCUGAACGAUUCGGUGUUGCGAACGGGGAUGUAGGCGCUGCUGGUACAGAAGAUCCAGACACUGAAGCAGCGAGAGGUUUGGAACGUGCGAAACGUUUCGGCACCGGACAGACAGCGAUGGGCAAGUUGGACGAGGCUUUACCAUCAGAGAUUGGAAGAGGUGGUAGGAAACGUGGCAGGACAGAGGAGACCAGUGCUAUGGACGAUCCUGCCCUGCGGAGAAAUCUCAGUGGACGUGGCCGAGGAGGAGGUCGCGGUGGAAGGUUCCGUGGAAGAGGACGGGACGACUCCAGGAAGAGAACGGGAGAGAGACCUACUGGCGUGUCCAAGUCGAGCAACAUUUUCUCUUCAGAGGCGGAUCGUCAGGCGGCUGAAGCAAGGAAGAAGAAGUUUGCGUCGGCGACGUGAUCCGAUUUUCGUUUGGGUUUGUACAAGAGCUUUACAUGGUUGGUUCUGGGAAAGGAAGACGUUCACAGGCUUUUAACAGUCGCAAAAGCAGAAAACUCGAUACGAGAUGGAUAUCACUACUGUGUACUUUAUUAGGCAGAGGUGGACAUUAUCAGAAAAGAUAUCAUUACGACACCUAUUCCGCAUG